AUGCCGUCCACACAAUCUGCGAGCUCGGGGUUUGAAGCUGAUGCAAUUACAUACGGAUUAAUGGAUGAGAAGAAAAGGAAGAGGAUGCAGUCGAACAGAGAAUCUGCAAAGCGCUCGCGAAUGAAGCAACAGAAAAAGAUGGAGGAUUUAGUCGAUGAAAAGGCAAGGCUGUUGAGAGAGCUUAAGAAGAAUAGCGCAAGGUACUCUGGCCGGGAGAGAGGAUGGUAUUCCCUGGAGUCAGAGAACAAUCUUUUGAUAGCUGAAAAGAUGUGCUUGGCCAAGCGUUUAGACAACUUGAACUCACUUAUCGUCAAUCUUGGGCUUGUAAAAAAUAACACACCCAAAAGUCCGGAGCUAAUAAUGUUGAAUCCAUCGCUGCUUCCACAAUGCAGCUUGUCGCGGCCUCUGCCGGAAGGUUUUGGCUUGAAUUCAGUAAGUGGCCGCGGAUUUUGA